UACAAUUAAAACCAUUACUCAUGUAUAAAUUCAACAAUCCAACAUUAACAACUCAUAGUAUCAAAUAAAGCUAAUCAAGAUUCAAUGGUUAUGGAGAUUAAGGUCGAAAAUGGGGCGGUACCUCAAAAUAUCAAAGACGAACAAGCUCCUCUCCUUGGAAACAUGCUUCUUCCCGAACCCACAGAGAAAACCCUGAUACAAAAAGCCAUUAGUCAAACAUUUGAAAGCACGGCUCACUUAGCAAAUCUUUUGCCCACUGGUUCGGUUCUUGCUUUUCAACUGCUUUCACCCAUAUUCACGAACCAGGGCGAGUGCGACCCAGUUACCCGGGGUUUGACCGCUGGGCUAGUAGGUCUUUGUGGGCUUUCGUGUAUUUUGUUGAGUUUCACUGAUAGCUUCAAGGAUCGAGAGGGUAAUGUAUGUUAUGGGUUCACCACAACCCGUGGGUUGUGGGUUAUUGAUGGGUCGACAACAUUACCACCAGAACUUGCAGCUAAGUACAGGCUGAAAUUCAUAGAUUUCAUGCAUGCCUUCAUGUCAAUUAUGGUUUUUGCAGCGGUGAGUCUAUUUAAUCAAGAUGUUGUGAAUUGCUUUUAUCCGUCACCAUCAGAAGAAACGCAAGAGCUUCUUGCUACACUACCCGUCGGAUUUGGAGUUAUUUGCAGUAUGCUGUUUGUUGUUUUCCCUACAAAACGCCACGGAAUUGGGUUUCCGAUCAGCACCAGUUAAUGCUGUUAAUUUGUAAAACAUCCAGAGCAAUACAAGUUAUUGUUACAUGCA